AUGGCGGCCGUGGUUGCUGUUUUGAGGGCCUUGGAUGAGGAAAACAAAACCACGACAGGACCGCGGGCCGCGGCGCACUGACGGCGAGGGGAAACCCGUGUGAGAACGCGUCUGUACGCGCUGCGGACUGCGGACUGCGGACUGCGGCAGAUUCAGAGAAUCUCCGUUUGGGCUGGAUUGUCCUGCUUCGUCUGCUACAGUGCAGAGCUUUUGGUCUUUUUUUCCUUUUUGCUUUUUUGUUGUUUUUAGUUUAACUCAGGCAGCAGCACCAGUAUGGAGGAAACACGCAGCCCUCUGAAGUCAGCCAAGCAAGCUCGCUCAGCUGCACCAAACGCUUCGUCCAAAUCGCAGAAGGACACCUCCUCUCAGAGGGACGCUGGCAAGACCCCUGGCCGCACCAAGGACAGGGUGUCGCGGGCGAGGGGGGACGGCCAGGGCGUCCACACCGGCAGCCCUCAGGACCAGGGCAGGGCUAGGUCCCGCAGGCUGACGGGCAGGACCAGCUCUGGGGAGCGGGACAAAGGGAAGAGUCGGGCCCAGCAGGACGGCAAGGCGGCAGGCCGCAGCGGAGCGCCGCGGGGCCUGGCGGCCAAUCAGGAACCUCGCAGCGGAGCGCUGCGGGGCCUGGAGGCCAAUCAGGAGCCUCCCAGUGCUGCGGAGGAGAGCCGUGCUCGCAACAAGCUCGCCAGGCUCACGGCAGUGAAGGACAAACAUCCCGGCGAGGGGUCAGAGAGACGCCCUGGAGGCGAGCCGGUUCCCGAUGUGGCGGCGGGUUUAGUGGAGGAGGGGAUUCUGACCUCUGACCAGCAGCUGGGUCUGAAACAGGCCGAGGAGAGACUGCAGAGAGACUACAUACACAGACUGGCUAAGCCGUCCCCUGACUACCCUCAUUUCCAGUAUCUAUGCAAACUGUGCUCUGUUCACGUGGACAACAUCCAGAGUGCUCACAAACACAUCAAAGAGAAACGGCACAAGAAGAACAUAACGGAGAAGCAGGAAGAGAAUGAGCUGCGUGCCUUGGCCCCUCCCUCUCCUGCCCACCUGGGGGCGGUAGAGUCUGCCGUGAGGGAGGCAACGCAGCAGCACGGGAUCUCUGAGGAAGACUUCCAGGAGAGACAGACGGUCCUUCAUCGCAUGGAGGCCAUCAUUCAGAGACAUCUGCCUAGCUGUUCCUUGCGUCUGUAUGGUUCCUGUCUCACACGCUUUGCCUUCAAGACCAGUGACAUCAACAUCGAUGUCGUGUACCCUGCCAGUAUGACGCAACCUGACGUGCUCAUCCAGGUCCUGGACAUCCUGAAGAAAAGCGCUGAGUUCACUGACGUGGAGUCGGACUUCCAUGCCAAGGUUCCUGUUGUUUUUUGCCGUGAUGUAGCCAGUGGUUUACUGUGUAAAGUAAGUGCAGGUAAUGAUGUCGCGUGCCUCACCACCAACCACUUGGCAGCACUAGGCAGGCUGGAGCCCAGACUGAUCCCUCUGGUGCUGGCGUUCCGCUACUGGGCCAAGCUGUGUCAUGUCGACUGCCAGGCGGAGGGUGGCAUUCCCUCCUAUUCUCUCUCUCUGAUGGUCGUCUUCUUCCUGCAGCAGAGGAAGCCGCCUGUUCUGCCUGUGUACCUGGGUUACUGGAUCGAGGGCUUCGAUGUGAAGCAUGUAGAUGAGUUCCACCUGCGUGGCGUGAGGGGCGGGGCCUGCGUUGCCUGGGAACAGAGACCCGGCAGUGGAGGAGAUGGGCGCGCCGAAGCCAAGAACAAGGGUGAUGGCCAACGAGCCAACCAGCAGAGAGAGCCCACGCUGCAGGGCAAGUCUCGUCUGGUCCUGGCAGAGGAGGCGGGGGCAUCCGUGGGGCAGCUGUGGUUGGAGUUGUUCCGCUUCUACACACUGGAGUUUGCCAUGGAGGAUUACAUCAUCAGCAUCCGUGUGAAGGAGCUGCUGCCUAGAGACGUCAAGAACUGGCCACGCCGUCGCCUCGCUAUCGAGGACCCCUUUGCUCUGAAGAGGAACGUGGCCCGUAGCCUCAACAGUCAGAUGGUGUUCGAGUACCUGCAGGAGCGUCUACGCUCUGCCUACCGCUACUUCGCCUGCCCUCAGAGCCGCCACACCCCAGGACACGUCCCCGAGAGGGAGGAGCAGGAUGCCGGCAGCAGCUCGGACGAGGAUGAGGAGGAUGAGGAUGACGGCGACGACGACGAGGACGACGGCGAGGGACAGCGAGCACAGGGAGAAGAGCGGCUCGUGAGCGCUGGAUUAGCCAGGCUUCUCGUGAGUGAUGUGGAGGCGGGGACAGUGGGGGGAGGCGGGGACACGGCCCGGCACACCUCCCCCCCAAACAGCGUGCUCCUGGACCAUGAGGAAGAGGGCCGGAAGGUUCUGGAACAGCACAGCAUCGCGCCAGAGGACCUGCACUACAUCUUUGAUAGGAUGAUCUUCACGGGGGGAAAGCCCCCAACAGUGGUGUGCAGUAUCUGUAAGCGGGACGGCCACCUGAAGGACGACUGCCCUGAGGACUUUAAGAAGAUGGAACUGGCGCCGCUGCCACCCAUGACCGAGCGCUUCCGGGACAUCCUGGACAGCCUGUGCCACCUCUGCUACCACGAGUUGUCUCCGUCUCUGGCAGAACAGCAGAAGAGGGAGCAGAUUCUAGCCAGUCUGGAGCGCUUCAUUAGGAAGGAGUAUAAUGAUAAAGCCCAGCUGUGUCUCUUUGGCUCUUCCAAGAAUGGAUUUGGUUUCCGUGACAGUGACUUGGACAUCUGCAUGACACUGGAAGGUCAUGACACAGCAGAGAAGCUGAACUGUAAGGAGAUCAUUGAAGGCUUAGCCAAGGUUCUGAAGAAGCACACAGGCCUGAGGAACAUCCUGCCCAUCACGACUGCUAAAGUGCCUAUCGUGAAGUUUGAACACAAGCAGAGCGGCUUGGAAGGAGACAUCAGUCUAUACAACACACUGGCGCAGCACAACACGCGCAUGCUGGCCACCUACGCCUCUCUGGACCCACGGGUGCAGUACCUCGGCUACACCAUGAAGGUGUUCGCAAAGCGCUGUGACAUCGGGGACGCCUCCAGAGGGAGUCUGUCCUCUUAUGCCUAUAUCCUUAUGGUGCUUUACUUCCUGCAGCAGAGACAGCCUCCUGUCAUCCCUGUGCUCCAGGAGGUUUACGAUGGCACCGCUACGCCCCAGAGGAUGGUGGACGGCUGGAACGCUUUCUUCUUUGAUGACCUGGACGAGCUGCGCCGGCGUCUCCCUGAGUUCCAGCGUAACUCUGAGACUGUGGGGGAGCUGUGGCUGGCCCUGCUACGCUUUUACACGGAGGAGUUUGACUUCAAAGAGCACGUCAUCUCCAUCCGCCAGCGCAAACGCCUCACCACCUUCGAGAAGCAGUGGACGUCCAAAUGCAUCGCCAUCGAAGAUCCCUUUGACUUGAAUCAUAAUCUGGGUGCUGGAGUCUCCCGUAAAAUGACUAACUUUAUCAUGAAGGCAUUUAUUAACGGCAGAAAGCUCUUUGGAACACCAUUCUACCCACUGCCAGGAAUGGAAGCAGAGUACUUCUUUGACUCCAAGGUGCUGACGGAUGGUGAGUUGGCCCCUAACGAUCGCUGCUGCCGUAUCUGUGGAAAGAUCGGCCAUUACAUGAAGGACUGCCCAAAGAGGCGCAGAAUGAAGAAGAAGGAGAGUGAUAAGGAUGAAGAUGUGCGUGAGGAAGAGAGGGAGCCCAGAGAGAGGCGCUGUUUCCAGUGUGGAGACAUGGGUCAUGUCAGGAGAGACUGUCCUGAAUACAGACACCUGCGUCAGAGAGGAACCCCUGUUCAGGUUCCUCAAAUGGUACGUGCCUUGGUGAGCUCUCAGGCCAUCCCCAUUCCUCAGAGUGGUACGCCCCAGGAGCGCCUCGGCAGGACCAGACAACCUUCUGAGUGUUCUGAGACGCGUCAGACUCCACCCUACUCCCCUCAGCCUUCCCCUCUUCAGCACUCGGUGUCUCCCCAGUCGUCUCAGAGCGCCAAGCCUUCAUCCGGCUCCUCCUCCGUGGCUCCGCCCCAAUCCUCCCCUCUGCCGCAGCAGGUGCAGCUGGCCUCCUAUGGCUUUGGCUCCUCCCACGCCGCCCCGUUCCGCACGGGCCUGCCCUCCCUGGGCUUGCCGCCCGCCCUCCCCCCAGCCUCCUGGUCCAUCCGUGGGCCUCUGCUCCCUGGAGCGGGCGCCGCCGCCACGGGCCGCCCGUCUCCGCCCGUGGUGAAGUUCCCCGUGCGCAGGGGGAAGAGCAGCGUGGGCGAGGGGCGGGGCCUCAACCCUGCGCCCGUCAACCUUAACGACCCUAGCAUCAUCUUCGCCCAGCCGGCAGGGCGGGCGGGGGUCGGCGGGGUGGGCGCACCCAGGGACGGGCAGCACGUCUGGCGCAAUCAGCACCUGGACCCGGGGGCUCUGGUCGCUAACGGCACAGUGGGGAAAACAGAGGCGGGCUUCCAGCCCCCGUUUGGGAGUGUAGGUCAGAUGUCUCGCUCCUGGGAGUCUGGUGGCUCCACCUCCUUCCCCAUCUCCCCGUCCUGGUCGUACCACGUGCCCCAGCCUUUCCUGCAGCAACCCGGCAAGCCCUUCCUCUCACAAGGUGCAAACCAACCUUUCCCUCUGCUUCCGGCUGGCCACAUCAAUCUCAGCUACAUCCAACAGAAGAAAUGAGUUCCGACACUUUGUUUCCAACCAACGGCCAAGGUCCUUAUUUCAAAAAAGAAACCGGUAGAAGAGCAAAUCUGUCUAACUGCGUCAUUUGGUCACAAGACUUUUUAAAAUGAAUUUUAUCAUUUUUGUACAGUUUUUACAUUUUUUUUUUUCUUUUUUUUUUUUGUCUCAUCACAUUGAUUUGUGAUAAGAAAUGUCAAAUAUUUUAAUGCCCCCGUUUUUGGAGGGGUCCAGGAAAAGUGGUUUUUAUUUGUUGUGUAAAGUAAGGAUUUAAAGCAAUCCUCUUUAUUUUUAUUGGUGUGUUCAUAUUUUGCUUGCAUAAGGACAAAGGCUUUGGAUAAGAAUUUGUUUUAAAAGAAGCAGCGGAUUGCGGCGUAAGAACUGAAUUAUGUAGUGCCAAAAGAAAAACCUUUCUCUGUUCAGUAAACAACAAAAAGAGCAUAAAAACCAAGAAAAGACCAAAAAAAAGAAAAAAAUAAAUAAAGAAAAAGCAACCCAACAUUCUGAGUUGUGAGUCCUCGCAGGGGCGUGGCUGUGUGACGGGCUGCCGUCGCACGCUUGCAUGCAUGCAUGCAUGCAUACAUACCAGACAUUAGCAUGCACUUUGACGAGAAGCCAAUGUGUUCUUCGUGAAUUCUGAAACACAUUCACCUCCUGGAUGGGAAAAGGUUGUGUUGUAUGACAUCAUCUGUUCUUUCUACAAAGCGAGCAAGUUGUUAGUGUUGUAGACAGUCUGUCUGACUACAUCUGCCUCCCUGCCCCAUCAGGGGUAGGGUGUGGGGCACUUCACUACCUCCCCCUUCAUCGCACAUGGUCCCGUUAAACCUUUUGGAAGAGCACGAUGGCACCUGUCUGGACUACAGAUCCGUGGGGUGUCCGGUUUGGUUCUGCACUACAGAACUGUGCAGUACAUCAGUGGGUCAGAGGUCUAAUUACGCAGUAUAUCAGACUUGCACUUAGACAAAGGCAUGUGCCUCAUCGUUUGAAAGCAAACAAGUCUGACUUUCUAAUCUAUUGAUGUGGAAUGUUUCACACAAAAGCUAUCUUGGCAUGGUUGUGUUUUAAGUAACUGAGAGAACUGCAUGCACCAUCCAGGAACCUACACAAGGUGAGCAUCCCAUCUGAUAAUGAGACCGGCUGGUUUGAUUUUAUUUAUUAAUUUUAAAAAUCACUUGUCUGAAUCACUGACAUAAAUAUUACAUCAUUUACACCUUUUAUCCCCGUUGUAAGCGGGAGCUCAAUUUGCGGAGUCUAGCAAGGUGGGUGUGGUCAACUGGGAUUUAACCUGUAUGGCCUAAAAAGCCAAAGCACGGCAGUGGAAUUUUGAGAACCCAAAGGCAAGUUGUGUGAUUUUCAGCUGUCUAUCAAGUGACAUGACCAGUCAGACUUGCUCUUCGCCCACCUCCAGUGAUGCUGUAACACCAGCCACAGUUCACCUGGCUGCUGCACUAACUGUCAUGAGCCUUUGUCCCGCUCAAGGAGUCGCUUGGCGUCUGGGCAUAUACAUUAGGAGUCUGGACCCGAUUGUAAAUAACUCUGAAACUACAUUUAAAUCAAGUGUACACCUGGGGUUUCCCAAUUCAUUUAUAGUAUUUUACUGAUCCUUUAAUUAACCAGCUGAAUAUUAGAUUUUCAAAACUACCUGCUCACUGUCACUGUUACUUUUAUUUAAAAAAAUAAAUAAAUAAAUCAUGCAAAAUUUACUUUA